GCGGCUCCCUAUUAGGGUCGCUUGCAUAAUUCCUUCCCUGCCCCAGGCUCUGCCUUGCCCUGGGAGUGGGGCUCCCUGAUCCUCCCCGUCCUCGCUCUUCAGAACCGAGCGGCUGCCGGUUCACUUUCUCCGGCACAGAUCUUCCCGGAUUGCUUUGCCUCGGUCCCAGCCGCCCCGUGUCGCCACCGGCUGUUACAGAGUCACCGUCGCCCAGCGAGUGCUCCGCGGGUCUGGGGCUCCACAUCUCGGCGCACAGUGCGUUCUUCCUUCGGUAGUGGCUCCCUCUCCUCCUGAUCAUCCUGCCCUGCUCACCGCAGUCUUGCAGAGCUGUGCCCUGAACGCUGAAUCCUAAGGAGCUUGUCAGAGUCUCGCCAACACCAGUCUUGGCAUGCGUGGCGAGUCCUACUUCAUCGGCAUGAAGAGCCUGGGGCCACCAGAGCACACCCCCAAGGACGGAGGACUUUUCUUACUCUGCUGUGUGGACAGAGACUGGGCUGUCACACGGUGCUUUGCCGAAGAAGCCUUUCAAGCGAUCACUGACUUCAAUGACCUCCCCAAUUCCCUGUUCGCGUGCAACGUCCACCAGUCUGUGUUUGAAGGCGAGGAGAGCAAGGAAAAAUUUGAAGGGCUGUUCCGGACUUACGAUGACUGUGUGACAUUCCAGCUGUUUAAGAGCUUCCGACGAGUCCGGAUAAACUUCAGCAGCCCUAAGCCUGCAGCCCGCGCCAGGAUAGAGCUGCACGAAACCCAGUUCAGAGGGAAGAAGUUAAAACUAUAUUUUGCCCAGGUGCAGACCUCAGAGACAGAUGGAGACAAGCUACACCUGGCACCGCCCCAGCCCGCCAAGCAGUUCCUCAUCUCGCCCCCGUCUUCACCACCUGUGGGCUGGCAGCCCAUCAGCGACGCCACACCUGUGCUCAACUAUGACCUCCUCUACGCUGUGGCCAAAUUAGGACCAGGAGAGAAGUAUGAGCUCCACGCGGGGACUGAGUCCACCCCGAGUGUCGUAGUGCACGUGUGUGACAGUGACAUAGAGGAAGAAGAAGAGCCAAAGACUUCCCCAAAGCCAAAAAUCAUCCAGACUCGGCGUCCUGGCCUGCCGCCCUCUGUGUCCAACUGAGCCAACCGCUCUGCCUUUUGGCGAUAAUAUCUGUCCCCUCUUCACCAUGCACCCCAUCCCAUUGUUUGUCAGAAACAUUAAUUGCCUUUAAAUCCCUGGGUAUUUGGUUGUUUGAGAUUCUUUCCUUGACAUCAAGCCUCUCAGACAAAAGGGCUAGGCAAGGGUGAUAUGUCUCCUGAUCAUAUCAUACCCAUGACAUAAAACCCACCGUCUAGAAAGUCCUAGGGGGAAAAACAAAAGUAGUAUUUUCUUAUUAAACAACGAGCACAGCCGACAUCUUCAUUCUCGCGUGUUGAUUCAAACCAGAGACAUCAGUAACAAAUAGCUCCAGUGUUGUUUGUGAGCUGUUUUGGUCCCUGUCCUGAUUGUGUGCACGUUGGUUUUCUUUUUUCUUUUGUUUUUUUUCCUGGUCACUUCAAUAGGACCAUCAGUAAACUUGACUUUGACUGCAUGAGAUUUCCUUACCUGGUCUCACUCAGUCCUCUGUAUCCCAACAUUCCCAGGACAUGCAUGACCACCAGCAUUUCUUUUCAUGAUUUGAGGGUAUUCUAACUCACGAAUGGUUAGUAUCCGGCCAUGUCCUCUCUAGCCUAGGAAAAUUACCUAGCUACCGGCAAUGACCAGCUCACCAAGUCUGGGCAGAGUCACAAUCUUGAGUCAAUACUUCACAGCUCUGUCAAAAUUCCUGGAGGCAAAACUGAGUUUGGGGCCAAAGAUGUCCCUGCACGGAUCUCCAACACCUCCUCCGUGUAGAACCUUCCCACCUCUUUGAGGAGGCUUGUCUAGGCUGAUAGAGAUCAAUUUCAGACAAACCUGUUUAUUAUAAAAGUCUUGUCGUGUCUGAACGAUUGUUUUUUUUUUUUUUUCUCUCUCUCUCUUUGUAUAUUUGUACAAAUGUUUCUGCUGUGCUUUUAAUAUCUGGAUGUUUUUUAUUUAGAAACUCUUCAACCAUUAGCUGCUUUAAAACAUAAUAGGUGCAUUGCUUAUGAAUGAGUUCAUACGCUAAUACAGAUAAUCUGAUACUAUUACACAGCACUAUGGAUAACGCUAAAUUUCAAAAGGACACAAAAGUGUCCCAUGCCGAUAGAUGAGUGGCUAGCCAAUAUCUCUGCUAUCAAGGCCACUUGUUUUUAAUUCAAGAUGUAUCAGUGGUAGACAAUUUGGAUGGAGCGAAUCUCCAGGACGCAGCAGCAGCAGCAGCAGCAGCCGAGCACAUUCAAGCGGGUGAAGGUGGGAGACGCCUGCCUAGCUUCCUCGUGCCAGGCCCAGCUGCUCGAAAACAUUGUUUGUGUUCCAUGUGGUUUUUCUAUUCUCUAGCCCCAAGUGCAUUACAGAAGAUACACCUAUAGAACCAUCCUCACCUUCCGCUCCCUCCGCACGGUGAAGGAUUUCCUUUAGAUGCAAAUGCUGGCGAUGCCGGAGUGGGAAAGCACUUUCAUUCCCUACGCCUCAGACACACAGGCAGGAACAAUAACACAGCCAACCGACGGAAGGAUUGGUGUGGUUUUUGAUUAAGGUGUAUGUGAGUUUCAUCAGAAACGUAAAGCUUCUGAUAGCUCAGAAAUUAAAAGUCCGUUCUACUGUGACUAUAGCAAUAUAGUACUGCACGCAGUACGGGUGAAUCCGAGGAGAGCAUUACUUCGAGGGUCCUGAGUUUCUGCAGGGAGAAAUGAUUCCUUUUAAAAAUAAAAUCUGCAGCGUUGAGUAAGUCUUCUGUAGUGAAUGGUAGGCUUUGGGUGGACAGAGUAGAUUGAAUAAAGGAGAAAGAGUGCCCCCUGGUGGAGAAAUGCGGGACUUAGCUUUUGCGAGGAACAAAGUACUAUAGGCAGAGAGAAGCUGAACUGACUCACUGGGGGCCUUGGCUUUGUAAGGUGUCCCAUAUUUCCAGGAUGCAGAUGAGAAAAGGUGUUUAGAGAUGACUUCUGUUUCAAACCAGUCAUAGCAUACAUGGCCAGCAACUUAGGAAAAGCUGAAGUGACCAACCUGUUCCAUCAUGCAAACCCAGUGGCAUAUGUGACAUUGGUGGCUCACCUUAGUGACCUGCACGGCCACAUAACCCCAUCCAUCCACCUGCCCCAGACCAAGCAGGGCUGGCUCCUAGGGUUCUAGGGCUCCUCGCCGUGCCUCAGUGGAACCUCCUUGCAUCGUGAAAGUUACAAUUGAUCGCCUCAGCAUUUCCGGGAUGCAGCCUCCUUGGCACUAUUGUAAGUUUGAAAGCUUUUCAUGUGGAAGGGAAGGAGAAGACCCCCACCAACUGAAUCAUUUGUGCACGUGUACAGCUCCAAGAGCUUAGACUUCAAAUAUAUCUGGUGAAUGACCUUG